GCGCAUAUCAAAGAACAUCUGUGCAUAUGUAUGUGUAUACAUUUUGCUUAUAGAGUGGUGUAGUUCGUUGCGUAAAUUGAUAGAAUGGUGAAAUUUGAUUUUCGAACUUGCGCGUUUUCCAUGUUCCCUCAUAGCAAUUUACAUUUUAGAACAGCUAACAUUUGCUCCUUCUCUAUUCAUUAACAUUCUUUGACCAGACCACUUUUUUGAAAUUUUUUUUUAACAGAAAUUUAUCCACAUUUUAAAUCAUGCUUAGCAGCGACACAAUCCAAUUUUUAAUUUCUUAUUCCUAUUGCCACCCAGUGUUUCGUUCUAUUUCUCACCUUAUCUCAAUCAGCUGUUGCGCCAACUCAGCUGUGUGCAUUUUGUCGACGCGCUCGAAAAAACAAGUGCUAAGUAAAUUUGUUUAAAUAUUUUAGAUUAAAAUAUCAUCAAAAUGGAUUUAGAGAAUGAACGCGUGCUAAAAUUGAUUUUUCCGGAAGGUUUGCCAGAGAACCUGCGCGACAAUCCAGAACUUUACAGUUAUUUAGCUAAUUUGGGCACCUACAAGGUAGAGCAACUGAAAAAGGAGCAAGCGCGUUUGGCCGACGAAAACAAACGUAUUGUGGAGCAGACGCAGGAGUUGGCCAUUUCCAAUUAUAAAACAUUUAUACAUACAGCCGAGAAUUCGCGUUCAAUUUUUACGGAAUUCAAAAAUACGGAAGAACAAGUAAGCACCUUGCUGGAUAAAUUGCCCGUUUUUACGGCGGAGUGUGAAAAUUUUCUCGCUAAAGCGGAAGAUAUAAAUGAGGAAAGACGCAUUAAUUCGAUUACAUUGAAGAAGAAUGCACAGCUGCUGGAAAUACUUGAGCUGCCGCAGCUGAUGGAGCGUUGCAUACGUGAGGGUCGCUAUGAAGAAGCAUUGGAACUGGCAAGUUAUGUGCAGAAAUUAGGACACAACCAUAGCGAUAUAGCCAUUAUAAAGAGUAUUGUACAUUCGGUGGAGGCGCUUUGGCACACAAUGUUAGUGCAGUUAGUGGCGCAGUUGCGCACUGACUUACAGUUGCCUAAAUGCUUACAAAUUGUUGGUUAUUUAAGACGCAUGCAAGCAUUUAGCAAUAAUGAAUUGAAGUUGAAGUUUCUGCAAGCGCGUGAUACCUGGCUUAAAAGCACACUGAAAGCGAUAGCCCAGGAUGAUGCUCAACAGCAUUUGACCAAAACCAUUGAGGUUACACGCAUUAAUUUAUUUAAUAUUAUAACACAAUAUCGCGCGAUAUUUCCCGAUGAUGAACCGAGCGCAGUUACAGCCGCCAAACCAAUGCAAGGGGUGACUUGUGAGGGUGAGCGUUUGUUUCAGGCAUGGCUGCAUAGGAAGAUCGACGAUUUUUUGCACACUUUAGAAUCCGAUCUAGAGCGUGGCAUCAGCUCAUUUGACACUGUACUCGGCCAGUGCAUGUAUUUCGGCCUCUCCUUCAGUCGCGUUGGCGCCGAUUUUCGUGGCCUAAUGGUGCCCAUCUUUUUGCGUGUUAUACGGCGAAAUUUCAGUAACGCAAUUUCAACAGUGAAUCAAAGUUUUGCGCAACAGCUCGAACGUUAUACGCUCAUUAAUAAAGUAACAUUACAUACACAUGGACACAAGGUGGAUACAGUGACAGCCAGCAAUAAUUCGACUACUGCACAGGAGCAGGAAUCGUAUGCACCACCAGAAACUUUGCUGGAUUUCCAUCCGUUAGCCUCACUCUGCAAUGGCUACUUAAAUGCGUUGAAUGAAUUGCGGCUUUGUGCGCCCAUCGCCUUGGCAAAUGACGUCACACGCGCGCUACAAUCGUCACUGGAAUUUGUCGCCACCAAAGUAUUGAGUUUCUAUCGACAGGAGCAGCAGGCAUUCACUAGUGCCGAGCGUGAGACAUUCGUCAAGUUGUGCUGCUGCUUGGCUUACGAUUUAAUACCAUAUAUACAGCGUUGCAUACACGCCAUAUUUCCACAACAGACACUCACCAAUCAUUUGGGUAUCAAUUUGUUGACGUUGGAGCAAGAAAAGAUUACUUACUUGCAGCAACAAAAGAUAUUGGAGCCACUUAGACAUUUGUUGCCCAACAAAAUACACGAAGUAUUGCUUAAGCCAGAGCAGGCGCCAACGACAGUGGCAACAGCGGCAGCGCAGAGCGAUACGAACGCUGUGUCUGCCGAAAGUUAAGCGAAUAGCAGUAAAUUUUGGCAUAUAUAUUAAACUAUAAUAUACGCGUAUAACGAAAUAAACUUAAGCAGUCUUUAAGCUACAUAUUAAUAAAUAAUAUAUACAUUGAUGCAUAUAAAACCAAGCUGUAAUACAUACAAAUGCAUGUUCAUUUAUAUGCUUGCCACAACUGACCACAAAUGCCAAAUUCAUAUGAGUCACCAACAACAAACCACCCUCACAACAUUUCAUACAGUUUAAUAAGUACAUACAUGUGUAAUAUAAGUGCAUACAUAUACCAUUGCACCACAACAACAACAAUUACAACAUAAUGUAAUUUAUGAAUUACAAUUAAAAAGGAAAAAUUAGCCACAUGAGCUGAAGCGCAAACAAGCUGAGCAUCAUCAGCGUACGCCACAUACACAUCUGUACAUAAAUACAUACAUAUAUACAUACCGCCACCCACUACUACUCAUUCAUCCGCACAUUCAACUAUCCAUUCAUUUAACCUCAUCCUCACACACACAUAUACAUAUAUAUAUAUAUAUAUAUAUAUUUCUAAUAUUUGCGGCACUGCCGAUUGCUCGAAGUUUUAUUUCACUACUUUGGUGUUUGUGCUUUGGUCAUCAUUUUUGUGCAGCUGGUGUAAUAAAACUCCCCAUUUGGUCAUUUGGCAAUUAUCCCGAUAAAUUAGCCGAAAUAGUAGCGUUGCCCCAGCCAGCAAGCUGGCUAACUGUCAGAACAAUAGCUGAAAAUCAAAUAAAUGAGCAGCAGCAGUAGCAAAUAACAACAACAACAACAUUAACACCACAUCGCUGUACUCAAAGAUUCUUCGUUAUGUCUUCAAUGCUUAUAAAGAUUUAAAAGAUAAAUGCAACAGCCGACAGUGUGUGCGUGCAACGUUCGCAGUAAGCGCCUGGAAACCAGCAACUGAAAUGGAGAAAAAGACAUUUACGGGAAAAAAGUUCACGCUAAGGGUGUUCUACAAGCCACACGCUUACAACAUUACAACUACUCAAAUGCUAAUUUAUUUGCUUAUCAAAACAUUAAAAAGCGAUACUUAUCGACUACCCGAAGACAUUCUUCAUUAUAAAGACAAAGCAAAACGAGUUAACUAAAAUGCAAUAAAAACAACAAUCAACUGAGAGAAAAAACAAAAUUAAAUGAAAAAAGUACGCCAACAAAAUUAACAAAAUAUUGAAUUUCAUAGUAAAUAAAUUUUACUAAAAAUUUAUACCGAACACAAAGCAGAAGAACGCGAAGAGCAGAGAAAAUUUCACAAGAAAUCAUAAAAAUUUUGAUUGCUUACAUUAAGCAGGGACGCAACAAGCCUCAAGAUGUGGCUGCCUACGAAAAAGUGUAGACGGAAAACACUGUGUAAAAACACGAUAUGGAAAAGACGUCGAAAAAAACAACAAAAAAAGAAUAUAUAAACAAAUAAUAAAAUAGUGUACGCCAAUGUUGAAUAAAAGUAAUGAAUUAAGAAGCAUCAUUGGUGAUGGGAACACAGCAUGAAAACCAAUGCACACCAACAGCCAACUGACGGGUUCGUAAGAAUUACUGUAUUUGGGCGAUAACUCAUCUGCUAACGAUAAUGGAGCGAGUGAAAUUGGCGCGCCAGCAGACAUCGUUAGUAUAUGCCUAGUUCCAUGUGUGUGUGUGUGUGUGUGGCGCUUACGGAAGCAGCUUGAAUGGACCUUCAACUGACUGCCUGUAAACUGA